AUGUCCUCGUCAGGCUUGACGCGACGCCGUGGAGCUGGCGGCGUCGCUGGCACCGAGGGCGAGAGCAGCAACGGCGUCUCGAGGACCAAUUCGACCCGCGACGUUCGAGACAGCGGCCCCGAGACGAGCUACGAGAGCGGCGAAAACGGCCACAAGAUUGCCUUUGACCCUCGAGACAUUAGCGAGUCGGCCGAGCGGAGCAAGCAGCCCAAGCUGACCAUGAUGGAGGAGGUGCUGUUGCUUGGUCUCAAGGACAAACAGGGGUAUCUGUCGUUCUGGAACGACAACAUUUCGUACGCGCUCCGAGGAUGCAUCGUGCUGGAGCUUGCCUUCCGCGGGCGCAUCAGCAUGGAAAAGGAUCCGGCGCGGCGACGGUUCCCCCUGGCAGACCGAAACAUCGAAGUGAUAGACGAUACCCUUACCGGCGAGGUGCUUCUCGACGAGGCCCUCAAAAUGAUGAAGCAGAGCGAAAAGAUGAGCGUCAGCUCCUGGAUUGACUUAAUGAGCGCCCGCGACAUUGCCACGGCCUUGUGCGAGACUUGGAACCUGAUGAAGAUAGGAUACCAGCUCAAGCAGGUCCGCGAACGGUUAGCCAAGGGCCUGGUUGACAAGGGCAUCCUACGGACGGAGAAGCGUAACUUCCUUCUCUUCGACAUGGCCACCCACCCCGUUGCCGACGGCGGAGCCAAGGAGGAGAUUCGCCGCCGCGUGCGCAACGUCCUGACCCAGCGCACCGUCGUCCUCAACGGGAGCCAGUUUCUGCCUGAGAACCUCGAGUUCCGCUACUUGCGCACCGUGUCCAUGGUGUGUGCCGCAUACGCCGCCAACGUCCUGGAGAAUGCGCUGUCCACGCUGGGCCACGAGGCCAGGGAGCGAGCGUUUGCGCAGACGGACGAGCUACUGGCGGAUUACAGCCAGUACCCCUUUGGCAAGAAGGCCACGGGCAAUGGCAUCGGAGCCAACCUACCGCAGGUCAUAGCCGAGGAGGUCAACAAGGCCAAGGAUAAGGAGCUGCAACUCGAAAUCGUGGCAGCCUGCCUGAGCGUCUUUACCAGACUCGACUCGCUUCUAUAA